AUGGAGAGCGCUCCUAACAGCUCAGACUCGGACUACUGCCAUUUCCCUCUUUUCUGUCACAACUUCACCGACUCCAGCAACAACACCACGGGCGCGGACCGGAGGGGACAUCUGAGUGACUUGGGUAACGACACGAACCCGGUCAUCAUUGCAAUUGUGAUCACGGCACUCUACUCCAUAGUGUGCGUAGUGGGGCUGGUUGGAAACGUGUUGGUCAUGUACAUUAUUGUCAGCCAGUGCUUGUGUUACCAGUGCCUCAGUGACGACCUGAACGACUCGUCAUCUCCAGAACGAGCCACUUUGACUUUGUUUGUUUUGAAGUUGACGGGAAAACUCACCUCUCGUGAUCACGAUUGA